AUGGGUGAUAUAGUAGUCGCAAAACCAAAGGAUGGAGGCUCUUCAUCGAUCAAGUGCCCUACUCUUACUGCAACUAACUAUACCGUGUGGGCCAUGAGGAUGAAAAUUCUACUCAAGGUUCACAAGGUGUGGGAAGUUGUCGAAACCGAGGGUACAGACGACGAGAAGAACAAUAUGGCUGUGGCACUUAUCUUUCAGUCAAUACCAGAGGCGUUGAUACUACAGGUUGGAGACCUAAACAAUGCAAAGAAAGUAUGGGAGGCAAUUCGAACGAGACAUGUGGGAGCUGAGCGUGUCAGAGAGGCGAGAUUACAAACGUUGAUGGCUGAUUUCGAUCGACUUAAGAUGAAAGAGACAGAGACGAUUGAUGAUUUUGUUGGCAAACUAUCAGAAUUAUCGUCAAAGUCAAUGGCACUAGGAGAGGAUAUCGAAGAAACCAAGCUGGUUAAGAAGUUUCUCAAGUGUUUGCCUCGGAAGAAGUAUAUACACAUCGUAGCUUCCUUAGAGCAAGUCCUAGAUCUCAAGACCACAAGUUUUGAGGACAUUAUAGGACGUCUGAAAGCCUAUGUGGAGCGUGUUGCCGAAGAUGAGGAUAAUCAAGAAGAUCAAAGUAAGUUGAUGUAUGCGAACAUGGAGCCACAACAACAGCAAGCUCGUGACUACAACAACAACAAUUUUAGAGGCAGAGGUCGUGGAGGACGCUUCUUCAAUAGGGGACGUGGUCGUGGAAGAUUCAAUGGACCAAGAGAUGCAUCAAGGCUCACGCAAUAG